GCCUGCAGCUGAUGAUGAUGUGAGAGGACUGAAAAAAAGGGGGGAAGCUACAACCUUGGAGCUGAAACACGAGGUCUCGUCUGUCCAUCUGACUAAUGUCAACCGAUUUCGCCUUCUGGAGGAGACGAAUCGAACCCUGAAGCUUGAGGUGGCCACACUGAGGCAGCAGAAGCAGCUCUUUAAAUCACUAGAAACGGAAGUGAGUGAGAGGAGAAAGAGGUGUCAGUUUCUUGAGCGGGAAGUGAAGAACAAGAUCUUGGCAUGCCAGAGUUUGAAGCAUGAGCUCCAACGGGCAAAACAGGAACGGAAACGCCUCAAUCUGCAGCUGUUCAGUCACAGCCUGAAGGCGGAGCAGUACGAGGAGGUGAAGUCGGACUAUGAACAGCUCAGAGAGACAUUGGCGAGUGUAAAAGAGCAGAGGGACUUGGCAAGACGGGAAAAAAAUGAGCUCCAAGGCAAACUGGAGAAUCUUGAACAGGACCUAAAGUGUAUGUGUGAGGCUGCAGAAGCAAGGCAGCAGCUGGAGGCAGAGCAUGAACAGGCCCUGGAGAUCCUCAGCUCCACACAGCAGGAGAUCCAGCUUCUGCGAAAGGCUAAGGCUGAGGCUGAUAAGGAGCAUGAAGAAAAAGUUCAUUUGCUAGAGGUCAAAGUUCAUGACCUGGAACAGAAAUGCCAGACUCAGAGUGACAAGUGCAACAUUCUGUCCAAAGAGUUGGAGAAACUUCACUUAGGUUUGCACACUGAUCCUGAAUGCUGGCCAGAAACGAACUUGUCACCAAGAGCAAUCUGUAACCUCUUCAACGAGCUGCAGUGUCGCACUGGGAAAGGUGUUGAGAGAUCUGCAGGUUCUCCGCUAAUCUCUGAGCUCCUCCAGCCACUGCAGGUCGGCGGAGACACGCCUGAGACGCCCUUGCACAUUGACAUCGCCAUAAUAACAAGACCCCAAUCAAUGAGCACCUCAGAGAUGGAUAAUGAGGUGAGUCCAGCUCCAAGAUCAAAGGCAAGGUACACAGGACAGGUCCGUCUUUGUACGGCUCGCUACAGUUAUAAUCCUUACGAUGGACCCAAUGAGCAUCCUGAGGCUGAGUUGCCUCUUGUUGCUGGGAAAUAUCUUUAUGUGUAUGGAGACAUGGAUGAUGAUGGAUUCUAUGAAGGAGAGCUGUUGGAUGGCCAGCGUGGCUUGGUCCCUUCUAAUUUUGUGGAGUUCGUUCAGGACAAAGAGAAACCAUCUGUGGAUGGAGCAGAGGAUCCAGGUCAACUGGAACAUGGCUCUUUAAGCCUCACAGCCAUAGACGGUGGCAUUUGCCUGGACAACCUAAGCAUCGACUCCUUUGGGCCCUGUAGUAAUGGGACUGGCACUCUAGAUGCUGAAGAGCUGGCUGAUGACAUUGUGCCUUACCCAAGAAAAAUUAACUUAAUCAAACAGCUUGCAAGGAGUGUCAUCGUGGCUUGGGACCAACCUUUAGUGCCCCUCGGAUGGGGCAACAUCAAUUGCUACAAUGUUUUAGUGGAUGGGGAGGUGCGGGCCACUGUGCCCUUCAGUGGCAGGACCAAACUCCUAGUGGAGAAGCUGGAUCUGGCUGCGUGUACAUACCGCGUGUCAGUGCAGAGCGUGACGGACCGAGGCCUGUCGGAUGAGCUUCGGUGCACCAUGUUGGUGGGACGGAAUGUCACGGUGGCCCCAACUGGCCUGCGCUUGGACGACAUCUUGCGUGACUCAGCAGAGCUCUCCUGGCUCCCCAGCAACAGCAACUACUCCCACACAGUGUUUUUGGAUGGAGUUGAGCAUGCCGUGGUGAAGCCAUGCUGUUACAGACUACGCUUCAGCAACCUGAAAGCCACCACUGUGUACAAGGUGAGGGUGGUGGCCAAACCACACCAGGUGCCCUGGCACAUGCCACUGGAACAGCGAGAGAAAAAGGAGACAGGAGUUGAGUUCUGCACACAGGCUGCAGGCCCUCCUUUGCCACCCAACGAGGUGCACGUCCAGGUUGGACAGGCUCCAGGGAUUUUGCAAGUUCACUGGAAACCUCCGUUGUUGACGCCCAUGGGAACUUCCAAUGGUGCCAACGUCAUUGGCUACGCAGUGUGUACCAAGGGCCAGAGGAUUGCUGAGGUGUUGUACCCAAUGGCUGAUUUCACAACAGUGGAUCUGAACUGUAUCCAGUGUUUGGAGGCUCGUGAGGUCGUGGUCAGGACUUUAUCAGCACAAGGCGAAAGCCAGGACUCGCAAGUUGCCAUCAUUCCUAACAACCUGCUCGUGCCUCCACCCCAAACCCACCUUCCACCUCACCAUGUGCAAUCUUCUCUACCACACCAAGUGCCCCAGCCCCUGCCUCCACAGCCUGCACUCCCACCCCCAAUGCAGGCUCUUCCCCCUCACGCUGUCCCUGAUCCAAGUUCCCAUCUACAAACACUUUCCAUUCGCCCAAAUCACCCAAUCCCUCAUCUUCAGCCUCAUCCUGUGCCCCAUCCAACUCAACCAUCUCCUCCUCACCUCCAACCAUUACCUGCUCUCCCCUUCCCCCAGCCCCAACCUACCAUCCCUAUACCUCAGCCCACAAUCCCAGUACCUCAACCCACUAUUCCAAUGCCUCAACCCCACAUUCCCCAGCUGGCUCUUCCCCAGCCACAUAGACCACCAAGUGCCAGAGAACUGGAAACCAAAGAGCAGGUACCGGGAAUGCUUCACCCUGCUGGGGGUCCUGCACAGUCAUGGGAGCCUGUGUGCUCUCCGUCUGGCCUUCCCCCAGCUCUGCCACAUGGACACACUCUCGAGGCACCGCCAUGCCCUAACCGCCGCUCCCCUUCUCCUCAGAGAAUCCUCCCCCAGCCCAGAGGCACGCUCAUCCCGGAUACAAUGGCCAAAGCCAUCGCCCGUGAAGCUGCCCAAAGAGUGGCUGCAGAGAGUGGGCGGAUGGAGAGGCGAAGUCAGGGCUUUCACUCUCAAAACUCAGAUGAGGAAGAGGAUGAGGAAAGCUAUCAAUCUCGCAGAAGAGGAGCAUCUGUGGAUGACUUCCUCAGGGGAUCAGAGCUGGGCAGGCAGUCCCACUACAGUCACAGUGAAGAGUACCAGACAGAAAGCAGUCGAGGUUCAGACCUAUCUGACAUUAUGGAGGAGGAUGAGGAAGAGCUGUAUUCUGAAAUGCAACUGGAGGAUGGACGACGGCGCAACUCACACAGUGCUCUUAAGGUUGGAGGCAACAUUUCAUCUUCAGGAAGACUGGAUCGAGACUCAAAUCGAAGGCCAGCUCAUGGAGGUCCUCAGCCACAACGCAGACCCCUCAUGGUCCCUUCUAUUGGAGGUUACAGGGACCGAGGACGACGAUCUCCUCCAUACUAUGAUGAGUCCGAGCCAGAAGAUUCCUUCCGUAUAUUUGUAGCAUUGUUCGACUAUGACCCCCUCUCAAUGUCCCCGAACCCAGAUGCCGCUGAUGAAGAGCUUCCUUUUAAAGAGGGACAGAUAAUCAAGGUGUAUGGGGACAAAGACAACGAUGGGUUUUAUCGUGGAGAGAUCCGUGGACGGUCUGGACUUAUUCCGUGUAACAUGGUAUCAGAGAUACAGGCUGAGGAUGAGGAGACUAUGGAUCAGCUCAUGAAGCAAGGCUUUCUACCCCUAAAUACCCCGGUGGAUAGAAUAGAGCACAGUCGAAAAGGUGGCAGGCACCCUGUGGCUACACGGAGAAUGGUUGCUCUUUAUGACUAUGACCCCAGGGAGAGUUCACCAAAUGCAGAUGUUGAGGCAGAGCUGACGUUCUGUGCUGGUGACAUCAUCGCUGUAUUUGGGGAGAUAGAUGAAGAUGGUUUCUAUUAUGGUGAGAUUAAUGGACAUCGUGGUCUAGUUCCGUCGAACUUUCUAGAAGAAGUGCCUGAUGAUGUAGAGGUCUAUCUGACAGAGACGCCGUCCCACCCUGAGCAGGAAGAGCCGGUGCCAGACCAACGCCCGAAGCCUAAACGGAUGCCAGUGGAAAACACGGUUCCGGCACCCGUCGUGGGAAGACCAGCGUCCCCAAUUGUGCGUCCUCUGCUCCCUGUGGGUCCUAGCCAUCCCCUUAGUCCUGCCAGGGGGCCGCGGGACCAAAAAAAGAAGAAAGGACUGCUGUCCAAGGGAAAGAAACUGCUCAAGAAGUUCUCAAAGUAAAAUCUGAUGUCAUACACAAUCAAAAAAAGGGCAACAUGUUCAUGUUUUCAAGAAAAUCUACAGCCAUUUUCAUAUUUAUGUGCCAAAACCAUGCAGUACAGGCCAGAAAUUAGGAAGCAACUUGUGGAUUUUUUUCCCCAUGUCAUUAUAGCUGGUUAUGAGUUUCAAUAAUUAUGAUUCCCUUCCCUGCCCCCCCUCCUGAAGACUCUCUUAUUAGAUGCCAGUGGAAAACACGGUUCCGGCACCCGUCCUGGGAGGACCAGCGUCUUGCAACAUCUAUAAUUCAAUUCAAUUCAAUUUUAUUUGUAUAGCGCUUUUAACAAUUGACAUUGUCGCAAAGCAGCUAAUCUUCACCAUUUAGUUUUUAUUUAUUUAUUUAUUUGGAUUUUACAUCAAAGUCUUUGUUCUUAGAAAUUUUAUGUGUGUCUCAUUUUUUAUGGAACAUUCUACAUAAACGCAGAUUUGGUUACGUUUAAAAAUUGCUUGCUUUCUCUGGCCUGUAGGGAAUAUUCGAGCUACCAGUUUAUCAGGUUCACCUUGUACACGGGUCAGUUAAGGUGCUGACAUAUGCAGUGUUUAUUCAUUUAAAUGAAGCCCUGGUGUGUGAGAGAUUUGUCCAUGUGACUUCUACACUCAACAGUUUUUCCCAUUGCCUUAUUUCUGACCAAUAAUUGAAGGAGUA